AUGGCGAAUACUAAUAAGAGUAAUUUUAAAGGAGAGAGAGAGUACAAACAAGUGCCACUCUUUGGAAACUGCAUGACAACUUUGAUCCCUCUGGAAUGGCUGGACGUCUCGGACUACCGACCAGUGCCGGAUAACCAAGAAAUGUUUAGCGAUUUCAACGCUUUAGAGCCGUCGAUGAUGUGCGUGGAGAUUGUCGAACGCGUCGGAGACGACGUGACUGGCGUACACUCGCAAAAGUUCAGAGAAGAGGACAACUUGGCAAAGUUUUACUUGGAGGACUUGAAAGAGCUGAUGGACAUCGCGACGAGGGAUGAUGAUGAGAGUCACAACAGUAAAACGAUCAGAACGAAAGAUUGGAGAUAUGAACUCUCAUCUGGGAGGAAAGUACACUCAGACGUACGCGCGAUAUUCGUAGACGGCAAAAACGAGGACGCGAAGAAGGAGGCGAUGAAGAAGAUGGAAGAUUUAUCGUUGACGCUACCAAAAGAAGAUGACGACGGAGAAGAGGAACGGGAAGGAAAGCCAAAGGAGGAAAACGACGACGACGUAAACGACGACUACGUAAAGAAUAAGUGCGAGUGGAUAUCCUUCGCCGAGGAAAAAAACUGUCUCGUCCCUUCCAAGGAAAACCAAGAAGGCAAAGACUCCACUCGUUCGGUCACGAUAUCCAUGUACGUGCACAGACUGGAGAAGAAAUACGAGACCGAUAUUCUCGUAAGUUUCGUUCGACCGAGUAGUAAAAGUGAUGAUGCUAAUCAUCGCGUAAUAGCAGAGGAUGAAAUACAGGAACAGAACAAUCCCGGGACGGUUGCGCAGCAAACGCUUCGGAUGUUGGACUGGAGUCUCUUAGGAUUAGACGACGAUUCAGACGACGUAAACGACGACGACGACGAAGAGAGUCUCGAGUAG